AUGGCUAAAUCUCAUGAGUAUGGGGACGCCAUGUCGACAACGACAGGAGGAUCUGAUGACCACACCCCCUUGACCAGAACUCUUAUGGAAUGGCAUGUCAACCUAGGGCAUAUUCAUGCUGGGCAAUUAUUGCACUCGCAAAAGACCCUUCAUCUGGCAUUCACAUCAAAGGGCCUAAAACAGGCUUCUUCUGUGACAGUUGUGUAA